AUGGGAUCGGCUUCGUCCAGUGAGGAGUCCGCAGCUCCGGCGAAAGAGGAUGUUGUCAACGGUAAAGGUCCUCCGAAGGCAAAAGAAGACGACGGGAGGUUGGACGUGGAGGCGUUCAGUAACUACAAGGACGAACAUCCUAUCAUACCAAACGCUACAGAAAACGGCUACCCGAAAAUAGCUCCUCCUCCAAACAAGAAAUUGGAUAUCUUUACAGAAGAUGACAUGCAGGAACCUGAUGCGCAUGCGCACUCGAUAAAACCUGAACCAAAUCCAAUGCUAGAGGAGCUGGUGGACCAGUUGACUAGUCCUUUUACAUCCGAUAUUAUAAAAGUUCGAGCAAUAUUUGUUUGGAUCGGACUGCAACCGUUCAGCAUGAUGAAGUACCCUCUGAAGUUAAACCCAAAAUCUACGAUGGGCUAUUUAAAGCGUUUGGCGCUCGGGCACCUGUCCUACGCCGAGUUGUUUACUGUUAUGUGCAGGAUAGCUAAAAUCCCGUGUGUGAUGGUGUCAGGCGUUGCGAAGUCGAACGUAUAUGAGAUUGGUGACGAAGAUGUGGAUGACCUCCGGAACAUGUGGAAUGCUGUAUACGUCAAGGAUGGUUGGAGGAUAGUGUUUCCGUUGUGGGGCCUGAAGGCUAUCGCUGGGAGAAGUACAGGUUCGACUCCUGGGAAAGAUAUUGCUCUGAAAGGUGACGCUUUAAAGGAAAUGAUACUCAACGCCAUCAAUGAAUACUACUUUCUCACUGACCCGUCAGAGUUCAUCUUUAGGUGCAUGCCGGAUGAGACAAAUUGGCAGCUGAUCAAAUCUCCUUUCACCAAAACAAAAUUUGUGUCGGUACCUUUGUUACGACCAAAAUUCUUCGAGUAUGAUUUAAGAUUGCCAGCUGGAUCACAAGAAGGCAUUAUUCUUUGCGAGGAAGGGCUAUGUGAGGUCAAGAUAACAUAUUCUAAAAAGUAUGUACAGCUACUUCCGGUGCUUUUGUUCUAUGAUCGAGAGAAUAGCGGAGAGCAUAGUAAAGUCGACAGACACACAGCGGUGUUCGUCGAAGGAGAUGCUGUAAGAUUUGUAAUGAGGUUGCCAACAGGGGGGAUUUACAAACUUCAGAUCCUAGAUAUAUAUAGCGCAUGGGUUUGUUCUUUCAAAGUGAUCUGUGUUGAGCCCAGUAAUAUGGGCCCAUUCCCCGUUGAGGCAGAACUAGGAUUUGGACCAUACGGGGAUCUAAAACAAACUGUCGGAUUAGAAGCCAAAUCACACAUGAAGGGUAUGGAGGUUAUUCAAACGAACCAGGAGGUCGAUUUUGUUUUUGCGCGCUCCAGGCCUUUGGAUUUCAUGGUAGAAUUAGUUCACAAUGACAUUUGGGAAGAAGAUCUCGUCGACUGUGUCUCAUUUAAGUCAGAUAUGGGGCAACUGGUGGUUAAGGUCAAAAUAGACAUCAAGGGUGAGUUUGUAUUGAUGAUACAUGCAAAAGACGUGGGAUCUAAGGACGACUUUGACAACGUGUUAAACUACCUUCUCAUAGUGAAGGAACCAAAAAUUAAAAAGCCAGGGGAGGAGGAGGAAAAGGAAACAGUGUUCAGCAAAAUGGACAAAAAGGUGUUAAAGAGUCUUGGUCUGGAAAAAGUUGUAAAUAAGGGUAAAGGAAAGGACAGCGCAUCUGAAAACGAAGAGGAUGACCGAAAGAGGAAGGAAAACAUAAAGAAGAUGAAAGACAUGGCAAAACCACUCACCAAAGAAGAAAAAAGAGCGAAAGAAUUAGCUAGUUUGAAAGCAGCCUUAACAGCCGCAGUAGACAGCAGAAAUAUUGAUCAAUUAGAGAGAGCCAUUGAGGAUAGCAAGACGUACCCGGAACUUCAGGAUCAGGUGAGAGAGGCAGAAGCCAAGUACAGUGCACUUCAGAGAAUGCGAAAACACUCAUCACAAGUGAUGGAAAUGGCCCAGUCGACGAUCUCCGAGAUACAUCGGUACAAGGAACCGACAGUCGCUAUUCAUGAAGUCAUGAAAGCCACGUUCCUACUGUUAGGAGAAAGUGAGAAAAGCACAGGAGGGAUCAAACCAUCCAAGUCUCUAAAGGAUUGGAUACACAUCCAGAACCUGUUGAGAAAGACAGGUACCGGCAGUGUUAUCGGUCGGGUGAAGAAGUUUGACGCUCUGUCUGUUCCACUGAGGACGGCGAAAAGAGUUCUUGCGAUACUAGAACCGUAUGACAGAUAUGAAGUCACAGACGCAAGUGCUGGAGCAGGGACGUUUUAUAUCUGGGCAACCAACAUUGCCAACGAUGUGGUUUCCAUGAGUAACUGA